UGUGUAGACAGUUCCUAUCUUUGUUCCAUUGUCAUUGUAUCCAUAAUAACAAGAGCCGUUUCGCCGGUUCCUGAAAUUACUGUUCAUUAUCUAUUUUAUUAUGCCAUAAAUGCUCUUCCUAAAUAACAGAACUCUCACUAAAGUAGCUGUUGCCUGUCGUGCUUUAGCAGUUCUUCGAGCUUCAAACAAAAUGAAUCCAGAAAACUACAAAGAAGCUCAAUCCAUCUACGAAUUUUCUGCCAAAGACAUUAAAGGAAACGAAGUUUCUCUGGAGAAGUACAAGGGCCAUGUUUGUAUCAUAGUGAACGUUGCUUCCCAAUGUGGAUAUACAAAAAAUAACUAUGCCGAACUGAACGAAUUGUUUGAUGAAUUCUCCGAAUCGAAAGGCCUUCGAAUUCUAGCAUUUCCUUGCAACCAGUUUGCUUCAGAAGAACCAGGGGGCAAUGCUGAAAUCUGCCAGUUUAUUCAAACCAAGAAUGUUAAGUUUGAUGUAUUUGAAAAAAUCAAUGUGAAUGGUAGUGAUGCCCAUCCUUUGUGGAGCUUCUUAAAAUAUAAGCAAGGGGGCGUUCUUGGUGACUUCAUCAAGUGGAAUUUCACCAAAUUCAUCAUCAAUAAGGAGGGCCAACCAGUCGAGAGGCAUGGACCCAGCACAAAUCCCAAGGAUCUAGUAAAGUCAUUGGAAAAGUAUUGGUAACCAUUGUAAUAUAGAAGUUAAAUUAUUCAUAAUAUUUAUGUAGAAUCACAUGUAGAACACGCUUGCUAGCAUACCUAUAUCUAUUUUAGAGGAAAUAGUAGAAUACUCAUAUAAAUAUAUGUUAAUUAAUUGAAAGUUUUCAUAUUAUGUCUUCAUAGUUUGUGUCACAGUUUGAUCACAGUGCAUGCAUUCAAUGUAAACGUCUUAUGCAUCAUCCUGUGAUUUUCACAAUAAAAGAACCUCAUGUGCUCACUCAUAGUUCAUUUCAAAUUAUAAUCUACAUAGAACAUGAAUUUUUGUUCUUUUGCCUAAUGAAGAUAGUUUUACUCAAAAUUUAACUAUCAAUAAUUCUUGUGGUGUUUUUCCAUCAUAUUGUUCACCUAGGUACCUGACUCCUGACAUAUGAUCCUAGAAAGAAAGCAGCAAAAUCAAUAAAAAACCUGCUGUAUCUUCAUUAUACAGACACAUUUUGAAUUUUAAUCUUCAUCAAAAGAAGCCGUUAUUGCUUCUGAACUUGGUGAGCAUGUUAGAAUUUAUUGACGAUUUCUAUAUUAUUUGUUAAUAACUAAGAUAGAAUAACUUCAUGGAAACCAUAUGUCAUUGAACCCUUCUUAAUUUUUUAUUGGGAUACCACUGGUGAAUCAUUACUUGAAAAUGUAUCCUGAUUCAUGCUUCUAACUUCCUGUUAUUCUGUUUUGAUAUACCUAUAUAUCUCUCAUUAUUUAUUGAAUUGAAUGUAACAUACCUAAUUAUACUUUCAACCUGAAGGAAUAUCUUGUAUUCAAUUACUGUUGGAUCUAAUAUUUUGGCGUGGUUAUAAGGGAAAUAUUCCAAGAUAUUAUUCUUUGAAAAAGAUGGAAUUGGAUAUUGAGGUAUGCUCGGAGGUAUGUUAUCAGAAAAUCGCCCAUAUGAAUAUGUCCUAUGCCUAUGCGUGUUUACAUUCAGAUACCCUUUCUAUCGAUUCUCCGACUAUGAACAUUUAACACCUUAUAUUUAGAAUCACCUCGCUGAGGUGUGUCGUAUUUCCGCCUCUAUCUACGAGUUAAAUAUUUUCCUUCAGGUGUAUAUUAUAUACCUGAGUAGUUAUCGUAUUUCAAUUCUUUAAUGAAAAAAUAUACAUGACUGUGCCUGCAGGAUACGCUCUUAAGCUCAGAGCAAAGAAACUACACAAGGGACUGUUGUUGUUUAUUUUCAAUCAAGCUUGUAAUCAUUCGUCUUGUCAUAAAUUCUGUGCUUGUCUAGAAAUAACUGAGUAAUUGGGAUCAAAGUGCAAACAACAAGGUUAUAGCACAUUUUUCCUAUGCAUUGGUACGAAUUUCAACAUGUAAUAUUGGAGAUUCCAUAAUCACAGGCUGAGUCAUUCUCAUUAUUUCACUUCUAUGUAUACUACUUCGACCAUUUGAUGGACCACUUCAGGACAAUAACAAUACACCACCAUGGCCACAAUAAAAAACUUCGUAGAAUUCUCUGAAAAAAAAUCGCAUAUUGAUUUCUGUUCGAAAUUCUGCUUUAGGCGGACAACUGGUUAAACCGAGUAUUAAAUGUAAUCAGUAUAUUCUUAUUGGUACCUACCCUACUAUAUGCUUAUUCCAAGAAGGUCUCAGCGUGCCAAAAACGCCUGUUUUUUUUACCUCUGACCCGAGAAACGUGAAGUAUGAAUGGCAACGUUUCAAUUAUUAUGGAACAUAAUAGGAAUUCCCUUUUGUGAGCGACAAGCGAUAAAAUAGAAAGAAUAAUAAUAAAUAUUG